GAUUACAGGAAGUACUUUGAAUUAAAACACAACAACGGCAUACCCUGCUCAUGUAGGCUACACCAAUAUUUUAAAAAAAUGGGUGUAAAAGGUCUUCAGUACUUUAUGGACAGUUGCUGCCCAGAAGCCUGUGUGCCUGUGAACCUGAGAGAAAUGGCCAGACAACAAAUUGCCAAACGCCAGCAAGGUUGCACAAGCACAGCUAACAAUAACAGCCCCACUCUUGUUGUGGAUGGUAUGGCCUGCCUGCGUGGGUGGUACUCAUGUAAGGACUGGGUGUGUGGGGGGCAGUGGACGGAGUACAUGGAUGUGCUGAAGGGCUGGGUGGAGGCCUUCACAUCAGCAGGCAUCAGACUGGUCUUCUUCUUUGAUGGAGUGGUGGAAGAGAAGAAGAGACAAGUGUGGGUGAAGAGGAGACGCAGAGUGAACGGGGAGAUUUCUAAAAUGUUUCGUUACAUUAAGACUUAUGGAGAGCAGCCUGGUAGAGAUCUCUUUUGUCUGCCUUCUGGUCUGGCAACAUUCACAUGCUUUGCUCUCAGGUCAUUGGGUCAGGAAGUGUUUUGCUCAGUGCAGGAGGCCGACUAUGAGAUUGCCAGCUAUGCUCGUCAGCACGGCAGUAUGGGCAUUCUGAGUCAGGACUCAGAUUUCAUCAUAUACGACAGUGCCCCCUACGUUUCCGUGGCAAAGUUGCGGAUAGACAACCUCACCACUGUCAUGUACGACCGAGAGAGGCUCUGCCGAACCAUCGGACUGACCGUUACCCAGCUACCACUGCUGGCCUGUCUCCUAGGUAACGAUGUGGUGUCAGAGGUGCAGAUGCAGCACAUCAGGAACAACGCCAUGGCGACAUACAGGACAAACAAUCCUACACCACACUCUGGUGCUCCUCAGGGGCAGAAGGUGCUAGCUGUGUCCCACCUUGUGAGCUCCUUGUGGGGAAGAGAGGAGCAAGAUACUGAGCUUAUUCCUCCGUCUCUAAAUCUGUCAGCCCCUCACAGAGAGCUUCUGAAGAGGGGGGUCCGCUCUUACUUGCUCCCUGGACAGGAAGCUUUUCAGCGAGGUGACAUCUCUGCACCUCCCCCUGCCUUUGAGAAACAUGUUAGUCCAGAAAUAUUAAAGGCCUGCAGAGAGAAGCAUGUAGCAACGGAGGGUUUCAUGGUUUACAGUGUUGUGUGUCAGGGAGUCAUUGAAUGUAGCAACACUCUGGAGGAUGAGGAGAACGCUGAGUUGCUGCCUCAGGCACUCGUCUACAAGCCCUGCAGACAGCGCAUCUAUGGGAUGCUGCUGCUGCACGGCCAUGAUGGCAGCAGCGUCGACCUUCCAGCAAUCAGGGAAUGGUUUGUCUAUCCUGGAAACCCUCUGAAGGAACCUGACGUGGUCUACCCGGUCCCAGUCAGUCUCCCAUGUGAUCAACCCAGUCUGGACUUGUUAUGGUUCGGCACUGGUCCUGAAGUUUCUACUCUUCGUUUGACGUCCUUCCUUUCAAUCUUUGAUUGCCAGGAUUUCUCUGACUUGUAUGGAGUUAUUGAAGACUCUCUCCUGGCUGCUCUCUGCCUGGUCACUUACAUAGUCCUCCAGGUACAAACUUUGUCUCAAGAGGACAUUGACGCUUACCUGAGUCAGGCUGUGUGUCUGAGACUAAAGUCCCCUGAUGAGCUUCAACAGAUCAAGCUGCCCGUCCUGUCCAGUCGUGCGGUGCAGCUGGGAUCGCUCUACAUCCGUGGACUGAGCCACCUGCUGGGUGCAAACUGUGCCAGCGGCGGCCCGCUGCCCAGCGCUGCCCUUAUGCCUUGGCACAGCUUCGAUGGACGGCUGUUCCACUCAAAGUACCUGCUGGCACAUAGCGGCACAGAGAAGACUGUGCUGCUGGACAGAGAUUCUGCCUGUUUGUCUCUGUUUCUCCGCCUGAGAGAGAAACUUACAGAAACCUGCAGGAAGCGGGGCAGAGUCCUGCAGUCCAGACCCUUUGCACCAGAACAAGGUCAUAGAAUCACACCAGGACCCAGAUACAGAGGAAGACACGCAGGUGGUGGUGAGAACUGGAGGGGAAGAGGAGAGACAACAGGAGGACAUCGACAUGGAGGAGGAUGGAGGGAGAGAGGGGAGGCAAAUGGAGACCCGAGUGAAUAUGACAGCAGAGAGAGACUGUGGCAGAGAGGAGGACAUUUUGACCCUCACUCUCAUUCUUAUCCUUAUGGCCAUGAUGGAGGACCGCAGAACACGAGCCGUCCGCCAUCACAGUCCAGAAGUCGAUCGUACCGCAGAGGGAGAUACAGGCCGAAUACCUCGGAGUACUGAACAAAGCAAAUAAACUCUGCAUUAUGAAGGUGUUUCAUGCACAUUUUUGAUAAUAAUAAUUUCAGCACUAUUUUUGGGACACUGGAUUAAAAAAGUAUGAACAAAUUAGAUUUUUUUUGCGCAAAUUUAGUGUCAAUUGCUCAGACUAGGUGGUCAUUCUGUUGGGUUGUUUUGAAACACAAAAUGGCACCAGUCUUUCUAAUUAUUCUACGAUGUAUCCAUUAUUUAUCAGAGAAAUGUGCAGAUGUUCCUCUUCUUUAGUGUUUCGUCUGUUCUUAUCUCCUCUUUAAUGUCACAUUUCAUCCUCCUCUCCUCUCAGAUGGUCAUAGCCUCCCUGCACCCGAAUAGAGAGGAGAGAAGAGGAGGAUUAGAAGGGAGGAUUUGAGGAUCUAAGGGGAUGGAGAGAGAUGUGAUGAAAGAAGUGAAGGAAUCAGAUUUCUCUGAACAAACUGAUUAGUGAAUUACCCGUCAGGAAUGUUUGUCUAAAGGAUGCAGUAGGUAGAGAAAUGGGGAUUAAGUGACGGCAGAAUGAAGAGAUUAGGAAUCAUCAUUCAAUUUGCCAGUUUGACCUGAGUUUGUCUUUUGUGCAUUUUAAAAUAAUCCGGUAGGCCUACUUUAAAAGACAAAUCAUUUCAAAGCCUCUCCUUUAUCUCAGGGUAAUUAACCUGUUUUAAUGUGAUGGAGAAUGGACAGUUUGCAUCAGCACUCACCAAACAAACACAGAAAUGAGCUACCUCAAACAUGCACUGAAGUAGAUUAAUGGUUAAUCCCCAAGCCUGUUUUACCUCUUAUCUGUGACAGUAAAAGAACAGAGAUCUUAAAAGCUGUGUGUGGCCAGUGGCAUAAUCCUUUUAAAGGCAUGGUUUUAACGAGAGAAACAGUAAUGCAGGUAUCAAAUAUCAGCUUAAAUAGAGCAUCAGUGGCGGAGAUUUAUACACCUUUGUAAAGUGAUACCAAGAGCCGUUUGUGACAUUUUGGCAAAAAACAAAGUGAGGCAACCUGAGUGUUUGGUUUCUUCAUACACAGAAGAAUGUGAGUUGUCUGUAAUGGAUACGGAUAGAGAAAGAGGUUUAUAUGUUUAACUGUAUUUGUACUAACUUGUAGUCAAGUUAACAUGACUGAAAUGUGUGAUUUCACACUAUGUGAUAAUGAUAUUGAGAGUAUUGAGCAAGUGUAUGUGUGGAUGUGUGUGUGUCCAUGUGCAUUUUUGUUGAUGAUGAAUGUAUAGCCUUUACAGCCAGGCUCUUCCUGUAGCACCGUGAAUGUCGUAAAACUUACCAGAGAGGAAAAGGAUGCAGAGAAAGUUCCACAGCCUAAGUGCUCUUGUUUCUGUAUAUGUGUGUGUGUGUGUGUGUGUGUGUGUGUGUGUGUGUGUGUGUGUGUGUGUGUGUGUGUGUGUGUGUGUGUGUGUGUGUGUGUGUGUGUGUGUGUGUGUGU